CACAACCCCCGCGAACUCCGAUUCCUUAUCUUCGCACCAUCUACACCAUGUCUCUCCUCGGAAAGAAGUUCCCCGGCGCUCUCGCCAAGCCUAUGACCCCCUUCUUCGCUGCCGGUCUCAUUGUGCUCUACGGUGUCAACUCUCUGCAGAACGCUCUCUCCAACACUGCCGAGUUCAAGAACGACCCCCGCAACCCCAACGCCGGCAAACCUGCCCACUAAAUUAGCUCUGGACGAUGAGCUGUGAAGCCA